UGCCAAUUGUGCGAUGUGCCAUCUCUAGCGCGAAAUAAGCAACGCCAAAGCAAAAAAGCAAAGCAAAAAAGCAAGGCGAGAGCAUCAAGUGCAGAGAAAAUCCGCACACAUUUAGUUAGUUUCCGUGGAGGAACACCUCCGAUUCUAAAGGAGAUUGCAUACCGAAGAUCGCUAAAGGGAGAUCCUGACAAAUACACUCGCUAUCCUUUUCAUCGAGUGUGCGAGAGUGUGUGCGUGCUUGUUUCUACACCUAUACACCCCCGUUGAAGUGUGGGUGUGUGCGUGCAUCUCGACGAGAACCAACGAAAGUCGCUCUUUUUCUGGAAUAAACAAAAACAAAACACCUAAAUGUGAACUAAAGGAAUCGGUUAAAAGGAUAGGGAUCAAUAUCUAGAUCCGAACCAGGAUCCAUUAACAAAGCAGCAGUGAAUUCCCCAGCAGAAGCAACAUGUCUUCGUCGACGUCAGAGCGCAAGCGCUACCACAAGGAUAACGCGCCCACAGACGAUAUCCUGACGCUAAUCAAUCUGGUGCGCCAGAAUCCGGCCCUCUACAACUACAAGCUGCAGCCGAACCAGCGACGCCGGUCCGAUGUCCUCAACGGCUGGCAGGAGGUCGCCCAGCAAAUUGGAAACAAGUACACGGUGCAAGAGGUGCGUCGCAAGUGGAAGAACCUGCGGGACACGUUCCACCAGUACCGCCUGCGCACGCCCAAAUACAUCGAGGGCCGUCUGUCCAAGUGGCGGUACGCCAAGGAGCUGGACUUCCUGUCGACGGUUUAUCAGCCCAAGUUGAAGUCGCACCGGAAUACGCAGAGCGGUUAUGAGACGAGCGGCGGAGGAGGCGGUGGUGGUAGCACCAAUAGCACCAGCUUGCCAAUCGGAUCGAUGCUGCAUCUGAAACAGCAAGUGGUGGACGACGACGACGACGAGGUGGUGGACGAUGACGGGCAGUCGGAUCACGACACGGCCACCUUGUCCUCGCAUCACGGCGCCUCGCAGAUCACACUGGUCAGCGAUGAGGCGGAGACCUUCAUCCUGACCGCCUACGAGGAGGGCGUGUCGGACGACACGGUUUCGCCGCAUCAUCACCACCAUCAUCACGGCCAUCACCACCAGCAGCAGCAGCAUCAUCACCACCAGCCGCACCACCAUCAUCAUCACCAUCAGUCGCAGCACGAUGGCAGCAUCUCGAGCAUUGAGCUCUCCCAGAUUGCGCACGACGAUGAUGUGGUCGACGAUGUCGACGACGACGACGAUGUGGUCGACCACGAUGGCCAGGUGGAUAUUGUGAAGCACGAACUGGAAGAGGACGGAGCCACUGGCGCCGAGGUGGACUACGAGGAGGUGUGCCUGUACGAGGAAGCAAGCGGUGCCCACGUCGACUGCGAAAUGGGCGUGAGCGAUGCCGUCGACGGGAGCAGCGAUGUUACACAUGGCAAGGGCUUCCACUACAUCGAUGCCCAUGACUUUUGCAUAUCGGACAUUGAGCCGCAACCUGUGCGGCUGUCCAGCCAACACCAGUUCGCGAGCAGCGGAGCGUCGGGUAACGCCUCGAACAGUGUUCUCGCCGGCGGCGCUUUGGUGGGCGACGGCAAGCUCAAGAAUCUCACGCUGGUCACGACCACAGCGGCGUCUUCAGCGCCGUCGGCAGGCGGUCCAUCCAAUCGCCACGAUUCCUCGGCGUCCACACAGCACAUUUCGCUGGUGGAUGUCACCGAGGCAACGAGCACCAGUGUAACGAUUUCCAGCACGCCGGCGAUUUCGCUGAACGCCGCUACAGUGACAACCACACCGGCAGCGGCGCUAUGCAACACCACAUCCUUCACGUCCACACCGACGGCCACGAUCCUUCAGCUGCCCGCCCUCAGUUGCGGUGGAUCUGGGCAGCCGUUGGCCGUCAGUGCGGCGGCCAGCAGCUCGAGCAUUCUCGUCAAGGAGGAGGAGCUGCAUCAGCAGCAUCAAGUGGCCCAGGCGCUGGCCAAGCGUGAUGAGCUCGACCUGUUCUUCGACUUCCUGAAGAAGAAGAUGCAGUGCUUCAGCAAAACGCAGAUCACGCACAUUCAGAUGGAGUUCCUCAACUGCGUCAGUCGGCAGGAGGCGGCCGAGCAGGAUGGCAAGGAUUAAUUCAGAUCCUAAACCUUAUCCCCAUCCCCUCCCCACAACACAGAGCUCCAAUCCCUGAGUAGUUGCUUAGUUUUUCCAUGUAUAGGAUUAGGACCCGUACCGUUUACCAGUUUGCAAGUUCGCGGCUCCCGUGUUCUUUAGAUAGCUUUAUCCUCGACUCACAAAAAUCCGGAACCCCGAGUCCCUCGGCCCUAAGCACCAGCCAAUCGCCCCUACAUACAUAUAUAUAAUGUAACCCAGCGUUAUAAACAAUUGUAAUUGAAUUUAUACAUAAUUGUAAAAUAAAUCGAUUCUCAGAAAUGAUACAAGAUGCUUGGGGUUCAACGCAAGAUAUUGUACAAUUUGGGAAUUUGUUAAAUCGGUUAAUUCGGUUCGCAGUAAUAAAAUAAGCUGGUGAAAAAAAAAAACACCCAAAUUGUAAAUCUUAUAUACGGAAAAUUGGCCUAACAUCAAUUAACAUAAGUUUUAAAGUGUAAAUUACAAAUUGUUUGGAUAAUUUUAAACCACGAAAUUAAGAUAAGUACUUGAUAGAUUGCUUUACAAUAUCACGAAUUAUUUGAAAAUAAAUAAAUGAAGAAACUCCUU